AUGUUGCUCUGUGCUCUUAUUUGUGCUGUCUUCCUCGCAUUUCCUUGGCUCGUCCCAAUUGCUCUUUUGUACCUCGCCUUCCUACUGGUGCUGGAACUUUUCCUUCCUCUCUUGGUGUUGUCUUGUCUCGCCAUUUUUUACUACUACGUUUGGUGUUCAGUUGCUGCAUACUUGAAGAAGUGGUUGGCCAUUGCUGAUUUCAGUUGCGUGUCUCAAGUGGUUGAUGCAAAUCCCACUUUGAUCACCAACUUGCCUGUUCGCCCUCGUUUGGAUGGUGUUGCUGUGUCGUCUCGUGGUGCUGUCCCUGCUGGUGUUUGUGUUUUGCGUGUUGAAGGCGUUGCUGAUGAUGAUGAUGUUGUUGCUGGUGGUGUUGCUGUCUCUGCUGUCUCUGGUGUUGCUGUUUCUGGUGCUGAAGGCGUUGUUGCUGCUGGUGUUGAUGUUGCUGGUGCUGAAGAAGUCGAACCUGAUGCUGUCUCUGUUGGCGAUGAAGGUGCCCAUGUUUCUGUUGGUGGUGAUUUUGUUCCUGCUGGUGGCGAUCCUGUUCCUGUUUCUGUUGGUGACGUCGUUGAGGAUGCUUUUGUUGCUCGUGGUGUGCAUAUUUUGCCUGAAGGUGAUGGCUCUGCUUUUCGUGGUGUUCGCCCUGCUGUUGGUGCUGUUCCUUUUUCUCUUGGUGGCCACGAUACCGAUCCUGCUGUUGUGGUCGCUCCUGAUGCGGAUGAAGACGCUGAUGAUGACCAUGAGGAUGAUGAAGAUGAUGAGGAGGGGGAUGAAGAGGAUGCUGUUGAUGACGAUGCUGAUGACGCUGUUGAUGUUGAUGAUGUUGAUGACGAGCUUGCUUUUUUGAUGGACCACCUGAGUGUGGAGGAUCCGCAUGAUGAGGAUGCCUAUAUGGCACCUCCCUUCGAUCGGCGCUAUGAGGAACCCGUUCCCAUGAUGGAGAUUGACACCGACCCCAUCUCCAUCAUGUUCGCCAACUUGACUUUCCCUCCUUUCCCUACAUUGAUUGACAACGACGACUAUGAUGACCCCAUUGAUGUUGACAUGCCCCUCGUUGAACCUCCUUCUCAACCCGCAACACCUCCACCGUCACCUCCACCAUCACCUACGCCAAUCCCAAUGGAGGUUGAUCACACGCUCCUUUCUCCUCUUCUCAUCCCCACCACCACCACCACCAACACUACCGCUGUCACAACCACCAUUAAUACCGCUACUAUGCCAACUAUGCCAACCACCACUUCCGCCACCACACCUACCACCAGCACUCGCCAUGUCACUCCUAUGCAUACACCACCAACCCCUCCGCAUCCUAUUACUACUACUACCUCUACAACCGCCACUCCUAUGACCCUUGCAACACUCGCUUUUCGUCCUCGACCCUUUAUGAAUACAAAUAAUGCUCGCCUUACUCCUGCUCCUCUCACUCCCGCUACCAACACCAUCAAUAUCCGCAACACCACACGACCACCAUCACCACGUCCGCCACCACGUGGUCACUUACAGCAAGCAAUGCCACAGCCCACAAUGAGACCUGAAGACGCAGCAGCACUUGCGGAGUUGUUGCGUGAAUUGGGGGCUGUGGCAGAGGAGGAGGAUGAAGAUGAUGACCAACAGUGA